ACUUUCAUCUUCACAGACGGGGAGGAUGAGGAGCUGAAGAAGCAAGCACGAAACGUCAUCAACACCAACUGCUCGGCCGCCCACAGCCGCCAGGCCCUGUCCUGCAAGAUGGCCGUGGAGUACGACAAGUUCAUCGAGUCGGGCAGAAAGUGGUUCUGCCACGUGGACGAUGACAACUACGUGAACGUGCGGACGCUGGUGAAGCUGCUCUCCAGCUACCCCCACACGCAGGACAUCUACAUCGGGAAGCCCAGCCUGGACCGACCCAUCCAGGCUACGGAGAGGAUCAGCGAGAACAAGAUGGUGAGAGGUUGGUUUGCCACGGGCGGAGCGGGGUUUUGUAUCAGCCGGGGGCUGGCGCUGAAGAUGAGCCCGUGGGCCAGCGGGGGCCACUUCAUGAGCACCGCGGAGAAGAUCCGCCUGCCCGACGACUGCACCAUCGGCUACAUCAUUGCGUCUGGGCUGGGGGGGAAGCUCAUCCGCCGGAAUUUUGCAGCCCCCCCCAUGCCCCUGCUCAAUCCUGAUGGCCACGUCGGCCGCUUCCCCCCGCAGGUGACACUAAGCUACGGCAUGUUCGAAAACAAGCGCAACUCCAUCCACAUGAAGGGAGCCUUCUCCGUCGAGGAGGACCCGUCCAGGUGA